CCGCCGCCGCGGGCCAUCAAGAGGACGCGGCGGCGUUUGUCGCGGAACAGAGACCCGGGACGGCUGAUCAUGAGCACCAUCAGGCUGCGGCCCAGGCAGGUGCUCUGCGAGAAGUGUAAGAAUACCCUGAACCCCGAGGACGAGAACGCGGCGGGGCAGAACGCUAAAACGAGGAGGAAGCUGAGCGUUCAGGACAAGGAACAGAAAAAACACAGCGACUCUGAGUGCCUGGAGAAAAGGAACAAAAGAGAGAAGAGAGAGGAUGACAAGUUUGCCGGGGAGCUGGUGCAUCGAACGCCAGUUAUCAAAAUAUCCUACAGCACGCCGCAAGGGAAAGGCGAGGUGGUGAAGAUCCCUUCCCGGGUGCACGGAUCAGUGAAACCAUUCUGUCCUGAACGGCUGCUGCAGAACGGAGAGGAGGACCGGGAGGAGGUCGGAGAUGCUGAGCAAUGUCAAGAAACCAAGGGCUUCACGGACAAGGCAGCGGGCAGCCAGCUCGCUUCCAUCCCCAAACUGAAGCUGACGCGGCCGGUGCAUCCCAGUGCUGAUGUCCCGCCUCCAAAGAUACGGCUGAAGCCCCAUCGCAUCAACGACGGCCAGAGCGUUUCUAUCUAUAAGGCAGAACUUAUCGAUGAGAUAAACGUCCUUCAGAACAGCAGGGAGACGAAUCCCGGUGCGUUUUACACCAAUGAAUCGACAGACAGAGGUUUGGCUGAGAUCUCUUCGGGGAGUUCGGGUGAAGAUGAUGACUUUAAAAGGUUUCCCCGAGGUAAAGACGGACACGAAAACUUGGCUUUCCUUAUGAAUUACCGGAAGAGAAAAGCGGAUUCUUCUAGUUUGUCAGUGUGUAGUAAUGACAGUCUAGACGAAUCCAAGUCUUCUAGUUCGGAGGUAACAUCACCAGAAAUGUGUGACUUUUUACCUGGUGAUGAUGCAUCUGUCUCUUCAUCUUCAAAAGAUGAGCGUAAAAUUGUGCCGCCCUUGACAGUUAGGCUGCAUACCCAAAGCGUGUCUAAAUGUGUCACUGAAGACGGAAGGACUGUAGCAGUGGGGGAUAUUGUUUGGGGUAAAAUUCAUGGAUUUCCGUGGUGGCCGGCACGCGUUCUUGACAUAAACCUUAGCCAGAAGGAAAAUGGGGAACCUUCAUGGCGAGAAGCCAAAGUUUCGUGGUUUGGUUCUCCAACGACUUCAUUCUUAUCUGUUUCAAAACUUUCUCCUUUCUCUGAAUUUUUCAAACUGAGAUUUAAUCGCAAGAAGAAGGGGAUGUAUCGGAAAGCUAUCACAGAGGCUGCGAAGGCGGUGGAGCAUCUGACUCCAGAAAUAAGAGAUCUCUUAACGCAGUUUGAAACAUAACUGUGCCACCAGUAUCAGGUAACAGAAGAUAAGAGCACAGCUGUUCUCCUAGAAUGUCACGAAGUCUGUACACAUCCUGACAUGCUCCCCGGGAGAAGCGGGAGGUUGCCAUGCACGUGACAGGAGGACGGGUUUCCUUGUCAGCUUGCACUGCUUAUCAUCAUCUGGGAGAGGUGACAGUCACUGGGACGUGGAGUUAGGAGGCUCUUCUGGUGUGAGGCUGGCAGGAAAGAAAAGGAUUUCUUAAUCUAGGAUGAGAAUUUGACAAGUCAUACAGCAAUGAACUAGGAGAACAGCAAAAAAACCACAACGUGGAAUGUAUUUAUUACCUAAAAGUUAGCUAUUCUUGAUAAAAUCCCAAAAAUUAUGCUGCUGCUUAUUUUACUUACAGAUUUCACACACUUCUAAUUUUAAAGCUACCAAACAUUUACUCCAUUAUGUACUCUGAGAAAUGUAAUUGGAGGAAGACAUACAGAAGAAUGAAAUCAUUGUAGUGUCUUAAAUACAACAGACUCGGUUUUGUGUCUAUUAAAACUUGGAAAAUGUGCAACACGUAUCAA